AAAAUGUUUCCUUAAAAUCAGCCCAAAUCAACAUAUUAAAAUAACAUUAUUAUUAUUAUUAUACAAAAUAUACUUUAGAAUAUACCAAAAAUCAAUAAUUGGCAUCUUAUCAAUUGUGUCAACAUCAUAAACACUAAUAAAGGAUACAAAAUCCAAAUCAUAUUAUAAUAUCAAGCUUCUCAAUUUCACACUUUAAAAAGUUAGACUGUUCACACCUUUCAUUUAUUAUCCUUUUCCUAUAAAUAAAACCCCCAAAUCACUUUAUCAAAUCACUACCAAUACAAAAAUUAAUAUUUUUUUUGUACAAGCAAAAAAAAAAAAUGGCUUCUAAUUCAGCCUUUUCUCUGUUCUUGAUUUUCUUGAUUAUUACACAAUGUUUAUCAGUCCUCAAUGCUGCUACAGAUUUUGACUUUUUCUACUUUGUUCAACAGUGGCCAGGAUCAUACUGUGACACUAAACAAAGUUGUUGUUACCCUACAACUGGAAAACCAGCAGCAGAUUUUGGAAUUCAUGGACUUUGGCCUAAUAAUAAUGAUGGGACUUAUCCAUCAAAUUGUGAUCCAAACAAUCCUUAUGACCAAUCUCAGGUUUCUGACUUAAUUAGUAGAAUGCAGCAAAAUUGGCCAACACUAGCAUGCCCAAGUGGUAGUGGCUCAACAUUUUGGUCACAUGAAUGGGAAAAACAUGGCACUUGUGCUGAAUCUGUUUUCACAAACCAACAUGCUUAUUUCAAGAAGACUCUUGAUCUCAAGAAUCAAGUUGAUCUUUUGUCAAUUCUUCAAGGUGCUGACAUUCACCCUGACGGCAAAUCUUAUGACUUGGUCAACAUUAGAAAUGCAAUUAAAAGCGCGAUUGGAUACACUCCUUGGAUCCAAUGUAAUGUAGAUCAAUCGGGUAACAGUCAGUUAUACCAGGUUUAUAUUUGUGUUGAUGGCUCGGGUUCAAAUCUCAUCGAGUGCCCUAUUUUCCCUGGAGGGAAAUGUGGCACAAGCAUUGAGUUCCCAACAUUUUAAACUAGUAUUUGUUCUUUAGCCUUAUGUCAUAUGCCUAAAUUUGUUGUUUUUCCUUUGUACUAUUUCUUGGUUAGUAAUAUAAUACAUGUUCUAAUCAUUGGAAAAAGGUUAUGCCUUGUUUGGAUGCAAUAACAUACUAAAAAUUGUCGUUUGUUCUUA